AUGUCGCAAUACGGACACCCAGCUGGUGGUGAAGGAUACCAGGCCAGUGGCAAUGAAGGUGUCGCAGGUGGUCCUCCUCAAUCAGCACCUCCUCCUGGAGGUCAUACAAAGAGGAGAGUUUAUGCUAAGCAACAGUAUGAUUUCAAUGCUGGAGCUGCUCCAUCUCCAUAUGGUUCUGAGAUAGGUGGUUCUAGUAAUGGUGAUAUCUAUGGAGGUGCUCAAGGAUAUGGAGUUGGUCCUGGAGCAGGAGCUCCAGGUAUUCCAGGUGCCCCAGGAGUCGCUGGUGCUGGUGUAGGAGCUCCAGGUGGACCAGGAGCUGUUUUUACCCCUGGCGUGGGUGUUACUAGUCCUGGUGCUGGAGUUGGUGGUUAUGGUGCUGGUGCUUACGGUGCCGGUACUGAUGGCACUGGAGCUGGAGCUGCUGGAUCUGGUUAUGGCAUUGGUGCUGUGGCUGAUGGAUUAGCCAAUCAAUUCGGACAAUUGGGAUUGGGUGGAGCAAGUGGUGCCCGCGGACCUCAACCAGUAGUGGGACAACCUCAAGGUGGACAACAACCAGGAGCAAAUGGUCAACAACAAAGACUUCCUUUAAACCAACUUUACAAUAUCGAUUUGAUUCAAUCGUUACCUCCACCUAUUACCGAUUUGGCACUUCCUCCUCCACCAUUGAUUUUGCCAGCAGGCGCGGCAGUCAACAAUAACCCCGAAGCUAAUGCAUCGCCAGAUUUCAUUCGAUCCACUUUAAAUGUCAUUCCUACAAACUCAUCGUUAUUAAAGAAGAGUAAAUUGCCAUUUGCACUUGUGGUUCGCCCCUAUACCUCAUUAUUGGAUGCCUCUGCACCGGUGCCCAUUGUAUCAGAUACAGUUAUCUGCAGAUGUCGUAGAUGUCGUUGUUAUAUUAACCCGUUUGUGACUUUUAUGGAUCAAUCCCAUCGUUGGAAGUGUAACAUGUGUGGAUUGACCAAUGAGGUUCCUACUCAGUUUGAUUGGGAUCCUAUUAAAAAUGAGCGCCAAGAUAGAUAUGCUCGUAAUGAAAUCAACUAUGGUGUUGUUGAGUUUGUGGCUCCUCCAGAGUAUUUGGUUCGUCCUCCUCAACCUCCUAUCUAUGUGUUUGUAUUAGAUGUCAGUGUUAAUGCGAUUGCCAAUGGACUGUUGGCUACAGCUGCCAGAACCAUUUUGGAGAGUCUUGAUCGUCUACCUAAUAGUGACGGUAGAACUAGAGUUGCUUUUAUUGCAGUUGAUGCUGCUCUACACUACUUUUCGAUUCCCUUGCCAAGUUCUCAACAAAAGGAGCCUUCGAUUAUGGUGGUUAGUGAUCUUGAAAACCCAUUCUUGCCACUGCCUAGCGGAUUGUUGGUUAAUUUGAACGAGUGCAGACCUGCUAUCGAGCAAUUGCUUGGUACUUUGGGUGAAACUUUUGCUGGUAAUGUCAGUUCCAGCAAUGCUCUUGGCUCGGCUCUUAAGGCCGCUAAUCAGCUUAUUGGAAAUGUUGGUGGUAAGAUUAUCUGUCUUACUGCUAGUAUACCCAAUGUUGGUAUUGCCAAGCUUGAAAUCCGUGAAGACCGCAAAGUUCUUGGUACUGCCAAGGAAGGUGCUCUAUUGCAAACUGCAAAUGCCUUUUACAAAUCGUUUGCUGUUGAGUGUAACCGUAGUCAAGUCACUGUUGACAUGUUUUUGUUUUCUUCUCAAUACCAGGAUGUCGCUUCUUUGAGCAACUUGCCAAGAUACACUGGUGGUCAGACUUAUUUCUACCCAGGUUGGUCUGCUAACCGUGCCGAGGAUGCUGUCAAGUUUGCCCAUGAAUUUGGCGAACAUCUGUCUCAAGAGUUUGCUAUGGAAGCUGUUCUGCGUGUUCGUGCUUCCACUGGUCUACGUAUGAAUGCUUUCUAUGGUAACUUUUUCAACCGUUCUUCUGAUUUGUGCUCGUUCCCUACCUUCCCUAGAGAUCAGUCCUAUGUCAUCGAGGUUGCCAUUGAUGAGACUAUUAACAAGCCAUACGUCUGUUUCCAGGCAGCUGUACUCCACACUACCUGUCAUGGAGAACGUCGUAUCCGUGUUUUGAACGUGGCCAUUCCUACUAGUAACCUGUUACAAGACAUUUAUGCAUCUGCUGACCAAUUGGCUAUUACCGCUUACUACACACACAAGGCUGUUGAAAAGGCUCUUACAUCAGGCAUUCAAGAUGCUCAAGAUUUGUUAACUAAUAAGCUCACGGAAAUGCUCCAGACUUAUAAGAAGGAUCUUAUGACGACUAAUGUCGGAGCAUCAGCACCAUUGCAGUUCUGUGCUAACUUGCGAAUGCUUCCUCUACUGUUUAACGGCUUGCUCAAACACGUUGGUCUUCGUAAAUCUGCUCAAAUUCCUUCUGAUCUGAGGUCUGCUGCCUUGGCAUUGUUAAGCACCUUGCCACUGAAAUACCUCAUCAAGUAUAUCCAUGCUGAUUUCUACAGUCUGCAUGACAUGCCUGAUGAGGCCGGUGUGCCAAAUGAAGAGACUGGUGAACUUGUUUUCCCACCUAAAUUGAACCUCACAGGAGAGCGCAUUGUUUCUCAUGGACUGUAUCUUAUUGACGAUGGUCAAGUACAAUUCUUGUGGGUAGGACGUGAUGCUGUUCCACAAUUGCUUCUUGAUGCUUUCGGUGUUGAUUCGUCAGCUCAAGUUAAGCCUGGUAAGCGUGAGCUUCCUGAGGUUGAGGGCUCACUUCUCAAUGCUAAAAUCAGAAGCAUCAUUGCAAAGACCCGUGAGAAGAAUGAUUCUAUUACAUGGCCAUCACUAUUCAUCAUGAAGGAGGACGGUGAUCCUUCAUUGCGUCUAUGGGCUACCACCUUCCUCAUAGAAGACCGUAGCGACCAAAGCCCAAGUUAUUUCCAAUUCCUUUCAGGAUUGCGUGAUAAAAUCAACUCCUAA